CAGCAAGUCAGUCGCGGCGCGCGGGUCGGGCAUGGCGGUGCCGCGGGACAUCACGUUCCCGCUGCUGAAGCAGGAGGCGGACUGGGCGCCGCAGGAGCUGUCGUUCCCCGGCAUCAAGGACGAGGUGGUGGACGACGACGAGGCGGACUACGCGUGGUGGGAGCUGAGGCCCUGCAAGCCGGAGCCGGGCUUCCAGGCCGUCAAGGACGAGUUGCUGGAGCACGACUACCAGGCGGGCGCCGCGCCGCUGCAGGAUCUGUCUUCAAGCAACACUGGCUAUUUUGGCUGUGAGGAUACCCAGGAAUGGUGUGAUGAAGAUCUGUCGACUAGUCAGAUGAGACAUACAAACAAGUUCAUGAUUGACUCAGAUCCCGAAGAGUUGGAUGAAUUUCUCCACUGCAACAUUGCACUUGAAUCCAAGGAAGCUGGUGCCCAGACUGAUACCUGUGACAAUAACUUUGUUUGUAAAGAAUUUCUGAAAGGUUGUGAGCAAGAUGGAGGGAAUGCUGUCAAUUCAUUGAUACGACCUCUUGUGGCUAGUCAGCUAGAUCAUGAUACUAAGAAAAUAUUGUUUUCAUCAGCACAUAGCCCUGAGGAUGUCAUCAUAAUUCUUGAUGAUGACGAUGAUGAUGAUAAUCAUAACGAAGAAGAUUUUCAUGAUAGCGGAAUUGAUGAUAAUGACCCUGUAGUCACCGACAACGGUUGCGGUCCUUCCGGUAGUGAAUGUGGUAAUGACAUUGAAACUAUAGUCAUAGAUGAUGAUGAUGAUUUAUAUACAAACAGUUUAGAUUGUGAAUUACAGCAAGAAAAAUGCCACAUGAAGAGUGCCCACAAUGGUCUUGAAUUUUCUGCGGAUAUUCCCAUAGCUCCGACAAAAAAGAGAAAGAGGAAGCAGGAAAAAAACAAUAUUAAGUGCAUUUUACAAUUUGAUGGAAACCAAACUAAGAAAAUACCAGUCAUAAGCAAGGAAGAGUCAACAAAUACUGUUAAAAGUAAUAAGAAAACAAGAGUGUCUCAAAGCAUGAAUUCAGAAGUUAAUAUAGACAUGGCUCAAGAAAUAAGUUUGAAUCAGGCUUUGCACAACGAUAAGGAACAACCAACAGAUUCUGUUGAUAAAGCUUCAGUCAAAAAAUUAAAAAUGUCAAACCAAUUGGAAACAUUAGAAACAGAUAACAAUGGUGGAAUGAAGAUUUUUGGCUCAGAAGACAAAGCACAGAAAGUGAACUACACAAGGCUGUUGCAGAAACGAGGCAGUGAGUCGACACUUCCGAAUGAAGAAAGAGAGAAGUCAGAAAAUAAUAUGAAAAAUUUUUAUAAGCUAGUAAAAAAAUUUCAAAAAAUAGAGAGGAGAAUGAAAAAAGCAAAGCAAACUGAUGGCUCAGCUUACAAGUUGGUGCAAAGUGAUAUGCCAUCAAGUAAAUUUAAACAGUGUAAUAUACAUGUGAAUGAGGAUGAAAAUAGUGAAAAUUCAGCAGUGAAGAUAAAGUAUUGUAAUGAUUCGGUGCAGGAGAUGGAACAUUGUGACAAGUCUAAACAUUUUUGUGAGCCACAUAAAACAUGCACUUCAGCACAGCAGACACAACAAAGCAGCUCACCAAUGCAGAAACUACCUGAAAAAAUUAUAUUCUCAAUGAAAAAGGCGCAGCAAUUCUUGCAGAAAUUUUUUGAAUUAAAUCAGCGGAAUAAUGCAAAACAUGAUUUACAAAUACAAACGACUUUGAUUCAGUCGAAUCAGUGCAGUCAUUUUGACAAUGCAUCCCAAGAAUGCAUUUUUUCAAAAGAAAUGUUGCUCUAUUGCACCCAGUCAAUAACAGAGUUGUCGAAUUGCAUAACUUCGGUUAAGUUACUACAAAAACAAGCAGAAUCGAGGAACAAUGCACAGCAGCAAAGACUGCUGUUUAAAGUUUUGCAACACUGUGUGAUGUUAGUCAAUAAAUUAAACAAGUGUUAUAAAUAUAUACAUAAAACACAUCACACAGGAACAGAGUCAUUUACAGAAUUUCAGCAAGUAAAGGCUGCAGUUGGUAACUUUGAAACCAGGGAAUGUAAUCAAUCGAGGAUUGGUGUUUUGGAUUUUGAAAAACAAUCAAGUAAAUUUGAUGUUGCUAACAGUUAUAAAAAAUCACAAUCUACUGAAAAAUUGGACCAGUCGAAAAAUGUACACCGUAGAAACAUUUCUUUGACUGAGAAACGAAUGGAUUAUUCUGAAAGUGAAUUAGAUGAGACUGUGCAUUUGUUUCACAAUUCGUGUGCGAUAACAAAAGUGGUAUUGAAUUCUAUUGCUAAGCAAAUGACAGAUAUGAGUUCAGACAUUGUGUGUACAUUAUGUUCACAGAAGAUAAAAUCCCAAGCAGGUUUAAAAACACACAUCAGAAGAAAGCACAUUGAAGUAACUUUACGUUAUUGUUCUGAAUGUCCAAAAUCUUUCUCUACGUAUGAAUUGCUGAUAAAGCACUACAAAACUGAUCACCUAAAAGUAAUUCACAAAUUUCACAAUAAACACAGACACUCAAAAAAUAAGACACGUGAAAACUGCCUCUUACCAGCACAGGAGCAGUGUAGAAGGUUGAUUGAUCCAGCUAGCAUCCAGUGGACACAAAAAACCACAGGCACCUAUUCAAAGGUUCAGCAAGAAAUGCACCAUGAUGUUAAUAAAUCUCAAGCAAUGUCAGCCACUGCAUCACAACAAACACAGAAUAAUGCUUGCCAGCAAAAUCUUGAAGGAACAUCCGACCAACAACAUUCACAACCAAUACUAUCUUCUUUGCUUUCAAAAAAUACUGUGUUAAAUACAGUACCAAUGCCCCUACAUUCGGGGACAUCCAUAUUGCAGUCAAGUCCUGUGUCCUCGGGUGUAAGUUCUGCACCAUUACAAUCAAUUCCUUCACCAACUCAUUCAAUGUCCGCAUGGCCUUCACAUUUACAUUCAGAAUUUCCACCAUUGCAGUCUGGUGCUGUUUCAUCGCAUACAAGGCCUCACACAUUACAACCCAUUCCUACUGCCUCACGGCAGUCGAAUCUUACGCCUUCAUUCACUAGCUAUGUGCCAUUACAGCAAAAUCACACAACUUCAAAUUUACACCAUAUCCCUUCACAUUCAAAAUAUUUCUCUCAACCAGAUAGUGCCACAGAAUUCAAUAGCACUUCCGUCAAUCAAAACACAUUCCAAGAAGAAAGAUCACUACCAAAAAGACCUAUAUCAUUAAGUAUGGGUGAAUAUACAUUAAUCAAUAACAUGUUGAAAAAAACAGAAAUGUACGAGAGGCAGGCUUAUGUUACAAGCCACAAAGGUAUUGAAUUGAAUAUGGGCCCAGAAAGUUACCAAGAUCAAGAAGUACCUUGUGAUUCAAAAUUCAACGAAGGGGAUACAGCAUCAAGAAUUAUUUACGAGAGUGCAGAAACAAUGUGUCCAAGAGACAAAAAUACUACCAAUCAUGAUGGAGACUUAAAUAAUAGUUCAAACAAUAGUUUAAAAUAUGGGAGUGGCCAUAUAAUUUCAAUGACUAGCUUUCCCGUACUUGAAAAUGACAAUGUAAGAAGUGCACGAAGUCAGGACAAUAACCAUGUAAGUUCAGACACGAAUCGUGAAAAUCACAAUAUCCCGAGCAGUUUAUAUCCUAAAGUUCGCAGGAGACCCAGACGCCAACAUUAUUACAAUGGCCCUUCCCCAGUUUAUAGCAGCACCAAUUUAAAUCUCUCGAAUAACCAGGAUCUCACACAACAGCUAGCUGUGAACUUUAAUACUGUUGGUGGUGGUCAGCAGAGAUAUAAAAAAUGCAACUGCAGAAAUAAACAACGCCUCGGUCAACUUCGUGCCAGUUUAUUUUCCUCUAGUGUGCCUAAUACUGUCUUUUCAGGAAACUUGGCUGACCAGAGACACAUUCCUGCAAACUCAGUGAGUCGCGACCCAUGUUCUGGCACUUACAACCACAGGGAACAUAAUUAUUGUAGCAAUGAGCUCAUGUCGCAGCCUGCCAUUCCACUUCGCAAGCAAUCUGUGAUAAUUGCCAACUACAACACUAUCACUUACAUCCAAGACAAUAUUCCAUGUGUGGUUUAGAAAAAAGUAUAAUUUAAAAGAGGUAAAAGAAUGAGGCAUAUAGAUAUAAUUUUUUAUUAACAUUUAGGAAUUGUGAACGUGUAAAUAGACUGUACAGCAGUUAUAGUGAACAUAACUAAAGGCUUCUUAGUAUUUUUUAAGCUGUGUAAAGCUCCUUAUUUUAGCACAUACCAAUGUAAGAAAUUAUCAGGACAACCAUCUGAGGGAGCUUUGAGUGAAUUUGUGAAUGACUUGAAGUGCACUUAUUUGCACUGGACCUAAGUUGAGAAUUUCAACUAUCUUACUAAAU